CUGGAUGUUAGUAAGCCGGGUGUGAUUAAGUGAAUUCGAUCUGUUCCUCUUCUCUCUGGGAUGUCACUGAUCUUCAGGGGUGAGCGUCAUUGGGAACAGAGAGAGAGAGAGUCCACUGUCCUCAAACCCAGGUUCAGUAAUCGUCCUGAGAGUUUCUCUGCCACCGCACUGACACACUGAACUGAUGAAGAUGAUGAUGAAGAUACUCUGUCUGUUUUGAGCUCAGUCUGAGUGAGAUGGAUGUGUUGGAAGGUUCUGGAUCUGGUUGGUGUGUGAACUGUGGAAACGUGUCUGAAUGGGAUGACUGGGAAAAUCAGUCGCUCUUUAACCACACAGAGCUGGUGGUCGUCACGACGCUGUGCGUUCCGCUGCUGCUGCUCGGCCUGCUGGGAAACGCGCUGACCAUUCUGGUGGUGUGGCACCGCCCACAAAUGAGAAGCACCACCUACCUGUACCUGAGCAGUAUGGCCGUGUCUGAUGUUCUCAUUUUGUUGUUGAUGCCUCUGGAUCUGUAUAAGCUCUGGCACUAUCGUCCGUGGCUGCUGGGAGAUGCGGUGUGUAAACUGUCUGUGUUCAUUGGAGAAUGUUGCACCUUCUCGUCCAUCCUGCACAUGACCGCGCUGGGAGCGGAGCGAUACCUGGCCGUUUGCUUCCCGCUCCGUGCGCGCUUGCUCGUCACCAGGGGACGUGUCCGCAUGCUGAUCGCUGGACUGUGGGGCGUGGCCAUGCUUAGCGCAGGACCCGUGUUGGCGCUGGUGGGUGUGGAGCGUUUAGAAGGCGGAGUCAGCGAAUGUCGCUGCACACAGUACGCCCAGACGUCCGGCCUUCUGAAAGCCAUGCUGUGGCUCUCCAAUCUCUAUUUCGUCUGUCCUCUCACAGUUCUGACCCUCCUCUACGGUCUGAUCGCCCGCCGCCUGCACAUGCGUGCGCACGUGCACCGCGACAAAACGCACCGACAGACUCUGCGCAUGAUGGUGGUUAUCGUGCUGGUUUUCAUCUUGUGUUGGCUGCCGUUUCAUGCGAGUCGGACGUUGUUUUCAGUGUCAGACUCCAGUGAUAAACUCUAUUAUAUCAGUCAGUAUUUUAAUCUGGUGUCUUUGGUGUUGUUUUAUGUGAGUGCUGCUGUAAAUCCACUGCUGUAUAACAUCAUGUCUGCCCGUUACCGUGCCAGUGUCCUCGCCCUGCUGCGGUUAACGGUGGGCUCCACGGACGAGCUGCACCACCGGGCCCGAAACUCUCCGCUCACAGCCUCUCACUCCAGUACACACUUCUGACCCUGACACCUUGGCAUUGGCGACAGGUCUCGGGUCAGUCAGCUGAUCAGUGAAGAACAUGAAGAUGGCCAAAGAGUUGAAGGGUUUAUAGUUACCCGACUAACACAAGCAAACUCUUUCUGUCCAGUCUAUAUGGAAGUGUACAAUAUGUAGCUUUAGGCUGUCCGUGGGUUGGCAUUGGGUUUUAUACAUCUACAUUUAUAUACCAGACAUAUACAUAUCCAGCAGCACUAUUGUGCAUUACUGAGUCAUUUCUUUAAUUUUAUUUAUCUCAUUUGAUGGGCUUUGUUUUAUGGAUAUUAAAUAAAGGUUUCUCUCUGUGACAGUC